CGAAAAUUAUCAUAGUCGUUAGUUAAUUUUAACACGUUCAUGUUGUUUUGAUAUCAUGAGGUUGAUUAAUUUGUUAAUAAUAUUUAUAGUAGCUUUGAUCUUCAAAGCUAGAGGGGAGCCAACUACUGAAAAUAAUGUCACGGUUGAGAACGAGAAUGUCACUAGUACUGAAUCCUGCAAUGAAAGUACAAUAGAAGAACCUGAAAGUCUAGUUAAAGAGAAUCCAGAACCUUCCGAUAACAAAACGACAUUACCUGAAUCCGAACCUCAAGAAGGGUCUGAGGAUUUAGUGGAUAAGGAAAAAUCCCAAAACAUAAAUGCUUCCACUGAAGUUCCUGGGACUGAAAGAACAUUAACUGAAUCUGAACCACAAGAAGGUCCCGAGUAUUUAGACGAAAAGGAUCAAUCUCUCAAAAACCAAAAUUCUGCUGAAGUUGCUGAGACAGAAAAUACUAGUAAUUCCGAACCACAAGAAGGGCUUGAUAAUUUAGUAAACGAGAAAGAAUCACUUAACAAAAAUAGUUCUACUGAAACUCCGUCGACUGAAAUUACAUCAACUGAAGCCGCACCAGAGGAAGGGACUGAGAAUUUAGAUGAUAAGGACCAAUCCCUUAACAACAACAGUUUUAUCGAAGUCCCUGAGACUGAAGGUAGUUUAGUAGUUUCCUAUUAUAACGAAGCUCGUGGACGUAAUGCUAUUGGUCCUUUUUCCAAGAUCCAGCUCCAUAAACUACCAAUACCUACAAAAUCACCGCGCAGGGCGCACCAUCUGCGAAGGUCAAUGAUCAAAAUUGUUGAGGGAUUAGAAAAGGGGCUUAAAAAAAUCCUGGAUCCUGAAUCUGAUGAAGAAUCAGUUGAGACAUUACCUGAAUCCGAACCUCAAGAAGGAUCUGAGAGUUUAGUUAAUAAGAAAAAAUCCCAAAACAUAAAAACUUCCACUGAAGUUCCUGGGACUGAAAGAACAUUAACUGAGUCUGAACCACAAGAAGGUUCUGAGAAAUUAGACGAAAAGGAACAAUCCCUCGAUAACAGUUCUACUAAAGUUGCUGAAACCGAAAAUACAACUAAUUCAGAACCACAAGAGGGUUCUGAGGAUUUAGUUGAUGAGAAACAGUCACUUAACAACAAUAGUUUUACUAAAACUCCAUCGACCGAAAGUACGUUAACGGAUUCUGAAGCACAAAAAGGGACUGAGGAUUUAGAUGAUAAGGACCAAUCCCUUAACAACAACAGUUUUAUCGAAUUCCCUGAGACUGAAGGUAGUUUAGUAGUUUCUUAUUAUAACGAAGCUCGUGGAAGUAAUGCUAUUGGUCCUUUUUCCAAGAUCCAGCUCCAUAAACUACCAAUACCUACAAAAUCACCGCGCAGGGCGCACCAUCUGCGAAGGACAAUGAUCAAAAUUAUUGAGGGAUUAGAAAAGGGGCUUAAAAAAAUCCUGGAUCCCGAAUCUGAUGAAGAAUCAGUUGAGACAUUACCUGAAUCCGAACUUCAAGAAGGAUCUGAGGAUUUAGUUGGUAAGGAAAAAUCCCAAAACAUAAAUACUUUCACAGAAGUUCCUGGGACUGAAAGAACAUUAACUGAAUCUGAACCACAAGAAGUUCCUGAGCAUUUAGACGAAAAGGAUCAAUCUCUCAAAAACAAAAAUUCUGCUGAAGUUGCCGAGACAGAAAAUACUAGUAAUUCCGAACCACAAGAAGGGCUUGAUAAUUUAGUAAACGAGAAAGAAUCACUUAACAAAAAUAGUUCUACUGAAACUCCGUCAACUGAAAGUACAUCAACUGAAGCCGCACCAGAGGAAGGGACUGAGGAUUUAGAUGAUAAGGACCAAUCCCUUAACAACAACAGUUUUAUCGAAUUCCCUGAGACUGAAGGUACUGUAGUAGUUUCUUAUUAUAACGAAGCUCGUGGAAGUAAUGCUAUUGGUCCUUUUUCCAAGAUCCAGCUCCAUAAACUACCAAUACCUACAAAAUCACCGCGCAGGGCGCACCAUCUGCGAAGGACAAUGAUCAAAAUUGUUGAGGGAUUAGAAAAGGGGCUUAAAAAAAUCCUGGAUCCCGAAUCUGGUGAAGAAUCAGUUGAGACAUUACCUGAAUCCGAACCUCAGGAAGGAUCUGAGGAUUUAGUUGAUAAGGAAAAAUCCCAAAACAUAAAUACUUUCACAGAAGUUCCUGGGACUGAAAGAACAUUAACUGAAUCUGAACUACAAGAAGGUACUGAGAAUUUAGACGAAAAGGAACAAUCCCUCGAUAACAGUAAUAGUACAGUUGCUGAAACCGAAAAUACAACUAAUUCCGAGCCACAACAAGGGUCUGAUAAUUUAGCUGACGGGAAACAAUCACUACCAACUCCCUCGACUGAAAGUACAUUUACUGAUUCCAAAGCACAAGAAGGGAAUGGGGAACAAUCCCUUAACAACAACAGUUUCAUCGAAGUCCCUGAGACUGAAGGUACUUUGGUAGUUUCUUAUUAUAACGAAGGUCGUGGACGUAAUGCUAUUGGCCCUUUUUCCAAGAUCCAACUCCAUAAACUACCAAUACCUACAAAAUCACCGCGCAGGGCGCACCAUCUUCGAAGGACAAUGAUCAAAAUCCUUGAUGGAUUGGAAAAGGGACUUAAAAAAAUCCUGGAUCCCGAAUCUGGUGAAGAAUCAGUUGAGACAUCUUAAGUGAGUUUUGAGUGGAUUAUAUUCUUGUAAAAGUUUUACUCAUCAAAUAUGAAAUCACAAAAUCAAUAAAUGUUUAAAACUUUUG